UUCUGUUGCAAAACAAAAACACACCCAAACCCCUCCGGCGCCCCCGCCGCAGCGCAGAAGCAGGUUAACCCACCAAAAUCUCCGCAGCAGCUUAACCCCCUGGAAACCUCUAAUACUAAGCUGUGCGACAUAACAGCAAGUGCGCGUGUCGUCGAAACAUGCAAAAUAAUAAAUUAGCUUACAUACGUACUUGCUAUUUUUUUUCGAUUUGCAUUUUCACUGCGGCACUUGUCUUCCAUCUCGCUCUUGCCGCCGUGGGUGCCCCGCCUAGCUGUGUGUGAGCGAGUGAGAUGGAUGAGUCAUUGAACGGCAAACACAAAAGCAACAGCAACACCGCGAGAAGGAAUGAGAGAGGGCUACAGGCCAUAUGUCGACUAUGGGAUAUACGCUUUUCGGAUGGAUUUUAUCACAUUGCCGUUGUAAUAUUUAUCCGAUUGAAAUUUUUUUUGUUAUACAGAUAGAUAAUAGCCACAUGGGAACCAUGACAAAAGACUACGACUAUCUGUUGAAAGUUCUUCUGGUGGGUGACAGCGAUGUGGGGAAGCACGAGAUACUCUCGAACCUGGAGGAUCCUUUCCCCGAAAGUCCCUUCUGCAGCGGAAAUGAUUGCACCUCUCACAUCCUCCAAACAGUAGCAUACAAGACAACCACAAUACUAUUGGAGGGUAAGCGGGUGAAGCUCCAGCUUUGGGACACCUCCGGCCAGGGCCGAUUCUGUACAAUCAUUCGGUCGUAUUCGCGCGGCGCUCAAGGUAUUAUACUAGUAUACGAUAUAACCAACAAAUGGAGCUUCGAUGGCAUCGAUCGUUGGCUCAAAGAGGUCGACGAGCACGCUCCGGGCAUACCCAAGGUGUUGGUGGGAAAUCGCCUACAUCUGGCGUUCAAGCGGCAGGUGCCCGCCAAACAGGCCGAGACCUAUGCCAGUCGCAACAACAUGUCCUGCUUCGAGAUAUCACCGCUUUGCGACUUCAACAUACGCGAAUCCUUCUGCGAGCUGGCCCGCAUGGCGCUCCAUCGCAACGGCAUGGAGCACAUUUGGCGGAGCAAUAAGGUGCUCUCGCUGCAGGAGCUGUGCUGCCGGACGAUUGUGCGAAGGACAAGCGUGUACGCGAUCGAUUCGCUGCCCCUGCCGCCCUCGGUGAAGUCCACGCUCAAGUCAUACGCUUUGACCACGUCGCAGUGCUACAAUUCGCUGACGCAGAGCUCGAAGAGCAAGAACCGCUGCAAGACGCCGACGAGCAGCAGUCGGAACAGCUGUACGAUCGCGUGAUCGCUGCCUUGUAGGUCGCUGCUGCAGGCCCACGGCCCACGCGAGCUGCCUACAACAUCUGCCUACAACAGCCCCCCUUCCCCAUCCGACAUUAACUAUAAUUCAACUAUAAUUAUGUACUUUAGGCUAACACACACCACACCACACCACACACAUACACCCCACCACGCACGUGGACUCCUCUCCAUAACUCGAUUCACAUUAUUACUAUUAUUUUGUUUGUUUCCAUCGAGAUUGAUAUACUAUGUUUUUAAUUAUUGUCACCAGAAAACAGAACAAGGUUUACUUUUUACACAGUAAAAUUUAAAUUUUAGUUAAUUAUAAUGCUCCAUCUCACACACAUCUCGCAUCUCAGAUCCCAUACCCCAUAUCCCAUAUACCCUGUAUUUUCCGAUCCCUUGCAUUAUUCUAAUGUUGUUAAUAUUAUUAUGUUUGUAUAAUUAUAAUAUGUAAAGUGCUGACAACUCGAACAACACUACAGCCACCGCAACACCCACAUCAUCCGCAACCAAUCACCGAACCGAACCGAAAUGACACUGAAAGAUCAGAAAGAUCGCUUCGUUUGCCGGUUUAUCCAUUAUUGAAUCAUACUAUAUUUUUUUGCAUUUUUUUUUGUUCGGUUACUAUCGAUUUAAACUUAUUCUUAGAGAUGAAUGUAUUCGGGACCGAAUCCCGCGGGAGGACACACACUCACACGAAAGGCGAAUUGAUAAAGAUAAUUCAUAAUGAACCAAGAAACAAACACA